UCCGAAAAUCCAUCAACUCUCAUAGGAAGCCAAGUAGGCAUGCCAAAUAAUCUAAAAUAUCGAGGUAAGAACUUAUCUGUCAAAUUUAUUUUCUUAGCAACUAGUCAUAAAUUCAUUAGCAUUUGAAAAAUUAACUCUGCUGAUCACUAAUUUGAAUAAAUAAUCAAAACAAGAGAAGGAAAAAGAGGAAGGGAAAAAAAAAGGAGUUCUUGGGACCCGGUGAAGGAGAGAAUACCAGUUGCGACUGGAACAAAUGAAUCUUCAAAACAAAUCUCUAUACAUUUUUGCAUAAUGAAUCAAAGAUUCCUACCUUCUUUAAUAUUAGGCACAUUCAUUAAACCGAUUUGUUUAGUUUUAAGUUUAUGUUUCAGUUUAAGCAAUGAAUGCAAGAAAACUAGUGUCCCAAACUCAUUAUACUCAAAUUCCUCAAACUAUCCGAAACUCUCUUCUCUGUGCUGGAAUCUGCCCGCCCUAUUCAAACUCACCAUUUUUACCAAAGCCUCCUUCUAUCUUAGCCACUGGCCUUCUCAAAUUGUAUUUUGAAAGGGGUCUCGUUAGAGAAGCACGUACACUGUUCGAUGAAAUGCCCGAAAGAGACGUUGUUGCUUGGACGACCAUGAUUUCUGGGUACACUUCAUGUAAUCACCAUGCACGUGCUUGGGUGGUUUUCUGUGAGAUGAUGAGGUAUACGGAUGUGCGCCCCAAUGAGUUCACCUUUUCUAGCACGUUGAAGGCUUGUAAAGGGAUCAAUUCGUCCUCUCGUGGAGCUUUGAUUCAUGGUUUGGUUCUUAAGCAAGGCAUGAGUGUAAGUAUUUAUGUUGCGAAUGCGCUCUUGGAUGUCUAUGCUACGUGUUGUGUUAAUAUGGAUGAAGCAUCUGCGGUUUUUCAUGAAAUUAGAGUGAAAAAUGAUGUGUCUUGGACUACCUUAAUCGCGGGAUAUACUCAUCGUGGUGACGGCAAUAUGGGGCUUAAAGUUUUUAGAAGAAUGUUACUGGAAGAGGGUGAAUCAAACCCAUUUAGCUUUUCAAUUGCAGUUAGAGCUUGUGCCUCGGUCCAUUCAUGUAUAUACGGGAAGCAACUUCAUGCUGCAAUCAUCAAGCAUGGCUUGGACUUUAAUCUACCCGUAAUGAAUUCUAUUUUAGAUAUGUAUUGUAGGUCUAGCAGCUUAACUGAUGCAAAGCAAUGCUUCCGUGAAAUGACUCAAAGGGAUUCAAUUACGUGGAACACUUUGAUUGCUGGGUACGAGAAGUCUGAUCCAUAUGAGUCUAUCAGCAUAUACUCGAGUAUGGAGUCUGAAGGUCUUAGCCCCAACUGCUUCACAUUUUCCAGCGUUGUAGCAGCUGUGGCCAAUUUGGCAGUUUUGAGUUGUGGAGAGCAGAUUCAUGGAAGAAUCAUAAAGAGAGGCCUUGGCGGGAACUUGGAGUUGGACAAUGCCUUAAUAGAUAUGUAUGCAAAGUCUGGAAACAUUGCAAGUGCACGUAGAAUUUUUGAUGAAAUGCCCAAGAAAAAUCUGGUUUCAUGGACCUCAAUGAUGAUUGGUUAUGGAAACCAUGGUUACGGAAAUGAAGCUGUUGACUUUUUUGAAGAGAUGGUUAAAUUUAGAGUCAGGCCAGAUAGAAUAGCUUUUGUGGCAGUUUUAAAUGCAUGUAGCCAUGCUGGGCUUGUAGAUAAAGGUUUAAGGUAUUUUAUCUCAAUGGUUGGUGAUUACAACAUAGCUCCAGAUCAGGAGAUUUUUGGGUGUUUAGUAGAUUUGCUAGGACGUGCUGGAAGAGUUGAGGAGGCUUUUAAGUUGAUAGAGAGUAUGCCAUUUGAUCCUGAUGAAUCUGUUUGGGGAGCAUUCCUGGGAGCAUGUAAAGCACACAAUCUUCCAGAUUUGGGCAAACUGGCCAUGAAAAAGGUGUUGGCUUUUAAGCCGAAAAUUGCAGGAACCUAUGUGAUUUUGUCAAAUAUCUAUGCAGCUGACGGUAAAUGGGGUGACUCUGCGAAAAUGAGGAAGUUGAUGAGAAGGGUGGCUACUAAGAAAGAGGCUGGGAGAAGUUCAGUAGAGAUAAAGAAUCAGAACUAUAGUUUUGUUGCUGGAGAUAAGAUGGGUUCACAUAUGGACUGCGUUUAUGAAGUUGUAAAUAUCCUGGUUGAACACAUGAGCGGCGUACGAUAUAUUCCUGAUUUUGACUUCUUUAUACAUGAUUUUGAAGAUGAACUUGAAAAGUAACCGCACUGAGGUUCAACGGGACUUCAUUGUUGUAUCUGUUAAUGUAUUUAUUCUUUGGGGGCAGUGGAAUUCAGUUAGAUGCAAAGUAAGAUAGAUUCGUUUUUCCCGGAAGGCACAUCACAUUUUGUGCAAGAAGAGAUUUUUUAAGAAAGUUGAGGAAGGGAGGAUAACCAAUCCCCUUUGUUCAAUAGUUAAUACUCUGAGAGAAGGAACUAGCAAACGAUUGUAUACUCGUGUAAUUUACAUAAAAUAUCACCCCUUCUGUAUUUUCAAGAUAAUGAACUGACUUUUGAGUCGAAUGCAUUGGCCUGAUGCAAUAUAUUGGAAGUUUAGAAAAAGCACGAUCUUGAUUAUACCCAACUUGGAGUCUAGUGGAUUUUCAGUCUUCUAAAAUGCUCUUGGAACCAGCGAGGGCACAUUGUUAUCAUGGGAAGAACCCUGUGAUCUUCUUGAAAUUCAUUUCUGUGCUCUUUACCUUGUCUGGAAGGAAAAAUAGCUCAGUACCAAACAUGACUAGAGUGGAUAUGAUACAAGACAUUUUCGUGGGAAAGUAAGCUCGAUUGCACAAGUAAAUCCAGUAGAUCUUCUGACUUAUAAAAGGCUCUUGGAAGAUCCAGCGAUGAGUACAUUGUUAUUGUGGGAAGAACAAUAUGAUCCUUUAGAGGCUUGUCUUCGCUCUCUUUGAGAUUUCUGGAAGGAAAAAUUGCUCAAGUGGUUGCUAAGUCUCAGAUUCGUUUACUAAAUGACCGUUCUUUAGGAGGUGAAACACAUUCUACUUACAUGUCAAACUGGUUAAGAUUGGUUAAAUAUUUGUCUGGAGGGUAUUGUCGAAUUUCUAUUGUUUGAGCUAGUCAGUUGCAAUAGCUCAUUGACUUGGGGGAAAAUGUUGUAACGUCAUGCACGACAUAAUUUCAAGCACCAGUGAACGUAGUAAUAAAAUGUGGCUGAUCCCAGAUUGGUGCCCACUGGUGACAGUCAUUGUGAAAUCAGAGGCUGCGCUGAAACAACAAAUGCAGAACAGAUGAUUCUAUGCUAGAUAGCUAGUGCUCAAGCGGAGUUAACAGAGAUUUGGUUGAUUAAGCAGGCAGAUACGUACUAUUUGACCGCCAUUCUCCAAAUUAAUAGAAUACAUCAUAUCACUACAAAAAUGGAGCAAAUAUCAAAAUUACAAGCCUACGGCCAUGGAAAACCUUCGUGUUGCUUUGCCGAUGAGAUGCUACUUUAUCUAGAACACAAGUUGUGGUUCUGAGUUUAAGAAUAUCAUGGUACAUGGCAGUAUUACAAGAUUGCUGGUACAUUGGGUCCAUAUUUCUCCACCAAGAGCCCCAACCCAUUUGCUUCCCCCAUAUAGCAUAAAUUUCUUCGCUGAUUCAUCAACCACUACAAAAAUUCUUCAACGUACUGCAAGAAUAGCACAGAGAUGUCACCCUAAUUCUGUAUGCUGAAUAUAUGAACUGCCUCUGGUUGUCUCUCCCAUCGUGUCUAAGGAAAUAUUCCUUUUGUCAAUCAACUGUAAAGAUACCAGGAAAACAAAAAGGGUCAAUUCUUUUCUGUUA